AUGCCAUCCUACCUCCAACAAUUGGCUGUGGCCAUGCUGGCUGCUGGGCUAGUCUCUGCAGCACCCGCUCCCUCGCAGGUCCUGGAUUUGACCGAGAGAUCUUCUUCAACCUGCACCUUCACCUCGGCCGCCAGUGCCAUCGCUGGCAAGGCCUCUUGCUCGAAUAUUUUUCUCAGCAAUGUUGCUGUGCCUGCGGGUCAGACUCUGGAUCUGACUGGCCUAAAGACCGGAACCAAGGUCACUUUUGAAGGCACGACCACCUUUGGGUACAAAGAGUGGGCGGGGCCGCUGAUCAAGGUGUCGGGGUCUCAGAUCACCGUCCAGGGCGCCCCGGGCGCCGUCAUUGAUGCUGGCGGUGCCCGCUGGUGGGAUGGAAAGGGUACCAACGGUGGCAAGACCAAGCCCAAAUUCUUCUAUGCCCAUUCCUUGGAUGAUUCAACCAUCACCGGGCUCUCAAUCAUGAACACUCCGGUGCAGGCCUUCAGCAUUCAGUCGGACAACCUUGCAGUCAUUGGCGUCCACAUUGAUAACUCAGCGGGCGACAGCAACGGCGGUCACAACACCGAUGGGUUCGACAUUAGUAACUCCAAUGGCGUGACGAUUGAGGGUGCCGUGGUCAAGAAUCAGGAUGACUGUCUGGCGAUCAACUCGGGUCAGAACAUUUACUUCAGCGGUGGAACCUGUUCUGGUGGCCAUGGCCUGUCGAUCGGCUCGGUUGGCGGUCGCGACAACAAUGUCGUUAAGAACGUGACUAUCACCGAGUCCACCGUGAGCAACUCCGCCAACGGCGUUCGAAUCAAAACGGUGUACCAGGCCACGGGCUCUGUGAGCGGGGUGACUUUCUCCAACAUCCAGCUGUCCGGCAUCACCGAGUAUGGCCUGGUUGUAGAGCAGGAUUAUGAGAACGGCUCGCCCACGGGGACUCCGACCACGGGCGUGCCCAUCACCGGAUUGACCGUGACAGAUGUGACGGGGACCGUGACUUCCAGUGCCCAUGAGAUCUACAUCCUGUGCGGUAGUGGUAGCUGCAGCGGAUGGACCUGGAGUGACGUGAAGAUCACCGGUGGAAAGUCGAGCACCAACUGUGAGAACGUUCCUACGGGGGCCUCGUGUUGA